AUGGCUCCAGCGGCUACAGCAGUAAAACCUAAGCCCGAUGAUGAUCCUAUUGGCAUUAGAGCUGUUCUGUUAGGUCCGCCGGGUUCAGGGAAAGGAACGCAGGCACCCCGUCUGAAAGAAAAAUAUUGUGUCUGUCACUUGUCAACUGGUGACAUGCUCCGCGCUGAGGUUUCAUCCGGAUCAGAGUUAGGCAAACGCCUGAAGAAAGUCAUGGAUGAAGGCAAACUUGUCUCUGAUGAAAUGGUUGUUGAUAUGAUUGAUAAGAAUCUUGAUCAACCAGAGUGUAAAAAUGGCUUUUUGCUUGAUGGGUUUCCAAGGACUGUACCUCAAGCGGAAAAGUUAGACGAUUUGCUCAGCAAGAGAAAAACCCAACUUGAUGCAGUUAUCGAAUUCGGUAUACAAGAUAGUCUUCUCGUACGUCGUAUUACAGGAAGACUGAUCCAUCCUCCCAGUGGGCGCAGCUAUCACGAAGAAUUCCAUCCCCCUAGAAAACCAAUGACUGAUGAUGUAACUGGAGAGCCAUUGAUACGACGAUCCGAUGACAAUGUUGAAGCUCUAAAGAAACGUCUUGCUACAUAUCAUGCACAAACUGUACCACUAGUUGACUAUUACAUGAGGAAAGGCCUUCAUUGGCGAGUUGAUGCUGCAAAAUCAGCUGAGGAUGUAUUCAGCAGGAUUGAUAACAUAUUCAAGAGCCGCAUUUUCAGCAGGGAGAGGGCUGCUUUUUCAUACUAUCAU